AUGGGCCAAAUGCCUGGGCUUCCACCUCUGGCUAGCCCCUCCCUCAGCCCUGAGUCUUCUGAACUGCUCCCCUUCAGGCCCUGCUCCGAACCCCUUCUUGCUCCGAUUCCCAGGCACCGGGGGAGGGGGGUGGUCCUGGGGGUAAGGCCCCCUUGUAUGGUGCUGCCGGAGCUCAGCCGAGACUCGCUGGGAGGAAAGGAGAGUGGGCAAGGCCGGUCGGUGCGGCCACAGCUGAGCCGAAGACCUGCGGGCACUCUCGGCUCGGCCGAAACCGGGCAAGGAUUUCCCCGAAACUCUGGUUGGGCCUGCGUAGACGGUGUACUCCAUCAACCCGGACUCACAUCUGGGCCCUGCGCGAACGUCCUUGAGGCGGGGACGCCUGUGUUCUGGGCACAAGAAACAAGCGAGCGUCUUAAAACCGACCGUACUUAA